AUGGCCAGUACUUCCGCAUGUUGCCUGGAACCCAGACGCACUCACUGGAGAGUUUCAGAAACUACAAUCUGGCAAGCAGUGAAGACAGAAAGGGGCUCAAUGGAAACAUUCUCUGGCCCGUUUUUUUUCACGUUAGACGAGAUGCAUGGUCUGGGCCACAGCAUCAGUAAACAGCAUCCUCUAUGUCUUUCUCUUGCCACUCAAAGGGAGAUUGGUGCUGCAAUGGUAGCCGCAAAAUGCACAAUCCCUACAUCAUUGCAUGGUGCCUGGAGAGACGUGACAAAGAAUGCCGGUUUCUUUAGAGCUGUGGAUUGGACAGACUUUUUACUCUUUGUUGUCCCCACGUUGGUUGCAGAGCGUGUCCAAGACUUGGUUGCCCGAAAUGCAUUACUUGGCCUUAUUCAAACAUGCAAUUUACUCAUGAGCUGGGAGUUAUCAGCAGAGGAUCAAACCUCAAUAAGAAGAUAUAGUAACUCCCAAGUCAGUGCCAAUGCUGGAAACAUCACGAUCAGACUGGCGCAAUCCCGGUGUGUAGUGGAACUGACAACCAUUGAAAACACAAAAACUUCACCAGCUAACCUUCUAGUUUACAGUGCAUAUACCAAUGGGUGGCCUGUUACAGAAGGAGGUGAUCCUGCCAAUGCUGAGUGUGAGAUUGAGUUCUGGGGGCCUUUGAAGAAUUUAACAAUUUUCGAUAGCUUUGAAGAUAGAUCUCAUCUUUUAUUGCUUCUUAAAACGUUUUAUGAUUUGAAGGGAGAAGAAUGUAGUAUGCUUGAGCCUUCCAUAAAGACAAGCCACAAGGCCUAUCUUAAUGGUUGUGUUAUUGACACUGCAUUCAACCAAAGUUCUACAACAGAGGCAUGUCAUAUUCAUGUGCAGCUACAAGUGGACAUGAACUCCAGAAGAUCCUGCUCUUACCGUCCAGGAUAUAAGAAUUCCUUUGGAAAGGUGGUUAUAUUCUUCCAACAUGUACACAACUCAAAGAGAUGGCCACUAGCUCUCAUAACUAUAUGUAGUGUGCAUUUGAAAAAUGGAUUGCCUAUUACAUCUGUAGUAAAGCCAAAGACUAUAGUGAUUCAUGCCAGUGACAUUGUAGAGUUGGUUGGCUUGGUGCCAUCAAAUGUCAAUGGUAGCCAUUACAUCAUUUGGCCUAGCCUUAAACGUAGUCCAAAAUUGACACUUGGUGCCUUAAGUGAUAUAUAA